CUAUUUCCUGAUUCACCGCCUAUAUCUUCACAUGCCAUUAUAUUUUAUUCUUUUUCUUGUUUAAAUUUAAAUUCAAUUUCAUUCCAAUCCUUUGAAAGCAAUGAGCUACCGUCAUGAACAUUAUCCUCCACCCCCAGGGUAUGGGCCACCGCCUCCUCCGGACCCGCGUCUCUUUGGCCCACCGCCACCACCGCCACCUGUCCAUCUCCACCAUCAACGCCCUCCGCCGCCGCCACGUCCUAUGGGGUACCAAGGUUACUUCAACCGGCCGCAACCACCGCCACCUUUUUACAACAACGACCCUUAUUAUGAUUCCGGCUGUUCUUCGCUGCUAACGGCGUGUUUGGCAAGUCUUUGUUGCUGCUGUCUCUUGAACCGCUGAGUAGUGGAUGAAGCCAUUUAAAGUGUCAAUAAUGUUACAUUUGUGUUGCUGUAAAAAUAAGCAAAAUAGUUGCAUUGUUCUAUUUCCAGAGGUAACAUCAAAAUCAUGUACUUUAUGUAUAUCAGAAUUUUGAUGGUCAUCCAUCUUACAAUAAUA